UGAAUAUCCAUGUGACCUGUACAGCCAAUCAAAUGCGUCGUUACAUUGUGAAGUGAUCCGAAAAUACAGUGAAACGGGAAAAGUGAAUUUAUUUGGGUCACCUUUUUCUUCGAAAUGCCAAAUAAACCAAAGAAAGAGAAGACACCAACCAAAAAUAACACGACCACAAAGCCGGGGUCGAAGGAGAAUUCAGAAAACGCUGAAAAUGAGAAAAAGAAAGGCACAACCCCGAACACAGAACCCCAUCCACCGACCACGAAUAUCAACAAGUUAAAGUUCACCGGCCCUCCUCAUGUGAAGAAAGACAAACGACAAAACUCUUCAAGAUUCAACGUCACGAAAAAUAGAGAAUUAGUCAAACUACCCUUUUUGAAAGAUGCGACGCCUGCUGAACGUGAGGAGCUGUUUAUACAGAAGUUACGACAGUGCUGUGUGCUGUUUGACUUCAUGCAGGACCCGCUCAGUGACCUAAAAUGGAAGGAGGUGAAGCGAGCAGCUCUCAAUGAGAUGGUGGAGUUUGUCACCCAGAACCGUGGCGUCAUCACAGAUGCCAUCUACCCGGAGGCAAUCCACAUGUUUUCCACAAACCUGUUCCGCACUUUGCCACCGUCGUCCAAUCCAAGUGGGGCAGAAUUUGACCCGGAGGAAGAUGAGCCAACCCUUGAGGCGGCCUGGCCACACCUACAGCUUGUCUACGAGUUUUUCCUACGUUUUUUGGAGUCCCCAGAUUUCCAGCCUAACACAGCUAAGAGAUACAUAGACCAGAAAUUUGUUCUUCAGCUCCUUGAGCUGUUUGACAGUGAGGACCCAAGGGAAAGAGAUUUCCAGAAGACAAUCCUUCACCGCAUCUAUGGCAAAUUCCUCGGCCUCCGUGCUUACAUCCGUAAACAGAUCAACAACAUCUUUUAUUCGUUCAUCUAUGAAACAGAACGUCACAAUGGCAUUGCAGAACUGUUAGAAAUUCUAGGAAGCAUCAUCAAUGGUUUUGCGUUGCCAUUGAAAGAGGAGCACAAGGUGUUCCUACUAAAGGUGCUGCUGCCUCUGCACAAGGUGAAAUCUCUGAGUGUGUACCAUCCCCAGCUUGCCUACUGCGUCGUUCAGUUCCUAGAGAAGGACCCCAGCCUUACAGAACCCGUGAUAAUGGCCCUGCUCAAGUUUUGGCCGAAGGUUCACUCGCCCAAGGAGGUGAUGUUCCUCAACGAGCUUGAGGAGAUCCUAGAUGUGAUCGAGCCAGCUGAGUUCACCAAAGUAAUGGUCCAGCUUUUCAAGCAGCUUGCCAAGUGUGUCUCCAGCCCACACUUUCAGGUGGCUGAGCGGGCGCUGUAUUUCUGGAACAAUGAGUACAUCCUGUCCCUGAUCAGCGACAACGCCUCCACAAUCCUGCCCAUCACUUUCCCAGCAUUGUACAGAACCAAAGAACACUGGAACAAAACGAUCCACGGGUUAAUAUACAACGCACUGAAGCUGUUUAUGGAGAUGAAUCAGAAACUAUUCGAUGACUGCACACAACAGUACAAAACAGAACGACAAAAGGAGAAGGAAAAGAUGAAACUAAGGGAGGAGACUUGGUUGAAGCUUCAGAACAUAGCCAAGGGGAACCCUCAGUUCAAGCAGUUUAGCAGUGGUAUAAGUGGGGAUGUGUCAAUGGGGGGCUUGAUCAGUAAUGGGCCAGAGGAUGAGGAGGUAGUUCUUGUGUCCCUAGAAAAGCUGGAGAAGGAAGCAGUCGAGGUCGGUCUCUCAGCGAUCAGCAGAAGGAAGCCCAAGGACAAACCAUUGUUGCGUCGCAAGUCAGAGUUACCCCACGAUAUCACUAUGAUCAAAGCUCUGGACGGGCAUAAAAGGCCAGACGAGUUUUUAAAAACCAAUUCAGAGACAAACUGAUAUUGACAGCGCCGUAACUCCAUGUGGCACAACUACUUUUAAAUUGUUGGUAUUAAUAUAAACAUUCAACUCCCCCUGGAAAUCUGGGUCAUGCCCUAUAGACUAUAUGCUUAAUCUUGAGAUUUUAUCUUCUGUAGCCAAGAAAAACAAAGUUCUGCUUGUGUUCUAAUAUUAAAUAUUGUUAAUGAUAUUUUUGAAACAUAUUCAAUGCAUAAUUAUUACUUUGUAACUACCUUGUUUGAACUUUUAUGUUGUACAUGGAAAAGUGAAAAUUCUAUUUUAUUAUUAACAUUGUUUCCUUUUUGUCCUAUAAGGCAAAUUCCUGCCUUGCACAUAUUUAGUUUUCAUGAAGAUUAAGCUAAUAAUUCAAACCAUAUAUAGCAUUAGAUUGAUUUACUUUGUAAUUGUUCGUAGAUUAUACCUCAUCAUUUCACUAAUGUUAACAGUUUCAUGGUAAAUUUGUCACUGGUCAACUCACAUACUCCAGUUCCUUAGCAUUCCAGCUUGCGUUAGAAUAACGCACCUUCGUCUGUCUGUAGAAGGUACAAAUUUUGCUCCUCUGUAGGUGAUCACUCGGGGCAGACUAAGGCUGUAAUUAUUUUCUAUACAUUGUCUAUGUACAUAUAAGUCUUUCAUGUGUUUUUAUCAGCAGGCAUGUGAAUAUGUUAGCUUUCAUCAGUUUUAUCCAUGGAUCUUUGUACCAAUUUCAUGACCUUUGGUAGUCUGUUAUGGGGUUCAUGACCUGUAGAAGUCAGUACUGUUUUACGACCUUCUGUGGUAGCCUGUACCAGCCUCAUUACCUGUUCAUGCCUGUACCGGGGGCAUGGCAUGUGGUAGCCUGUUCUGCAGUUCAUGACCUGGGGUAGCCUUUUCAGGGUAUCAUGAUCUGCAUAUAUCGUUUACCUAUGUUCAUGCCUGUUGUAGCCUGUACUUGGUUUUAUGACUUGGGGUAGCCUGUAUCUCUGUGAUACCUUCAUACAAAGCAAUCAGGAGAUUUGCACUGCUUUUAGCUGACAGGUUCUGCUCUUUGUUUCUGUAGGAAAAACUGAGUGAAGCAUUGCAGAACAUGGGGAUAAUAAAGGUACUUCUGUUGCUGGUGCGUGGAUAAGUAGGGAAGAAACAUUGCUUGAAACAAAUAUCCUGAUCUUUUCCUUUCAUGUGCAUUUAUCCUAGUGUUUGAAAUUAUACUGUCAAGGUUUUAAGUUUUGGAAUAUAAAUUAUAUUUGUUUGGCUUUUCUUUUUGACGAAAAACAGCAGCAGUUUCAAUCGACAUCCAAUCUUUUUAACUAGUUUUGCUUCAUGCUGUAUUAGUCUCAAUAAUGAAGUUUACAUCAGGUUACAUGUGUCUUAGUUGUAAAUGGCAAUAUAAUGCUGCCAAUACCUGAACACAUCUGAUUAGUAAGACAUAGCAUGACACACGUUUGUAUCAAGAAAUAAUCUUAAGCUGCUUUAAAUUAAAACUAUGUUGAUGUUGUUGUAUCCUUUAAUUUGUGACCUAUUUGGUAAAUGAAAGGGUGUUUAGUGUCCUGUUCUUGUGAUAUUUUAUAUUGUAUAUUCUGGCUGGUAGCUACAAGCUCGGUAACUGGGCUGUGCUGGUCACAGACAGGAUUAUGGACCACACACAUAAGAAGUUCAUCUGUUGUAAUUUAAAAAAAAAGCAUAAUUGUACUUUCAUCAGUAGAUGUUUGCAAGCCUGUUUCUAGAAGGUUACUGAAGGGUGAGGUAGUGUUAUAUGGGUGAAGCCCAAGGGGGUUUGGUGAAUGUACCUGGUAUAGUGAACAUGGACAGUUGCGGCCUAUCAUGGACUCACCUCAGUUAAUCUAUGAUCAGAGGUGGCGAAAGCAUCUUGUAGAUUGUAGAACUGCUUGGCCUUGCCAGGUGAUGGCAGUAUUGAAAUUUAAUCAUGAAAAAUCUUUUUCUCAGCAGACAAUCAGUGACCUCAGUUUUUUUCCGUAUUAUAUUGAAUGUUUUUUGUUUUUUUUCUUCAAACCCUUGUUAUGAAGUUAAGAUUUCAGCAGUUUGGGGAUGAACAUUGUCACUCCAUAACUAUCAUGAACAUCAGCAAAUUAAUUUCACAGAGUUUUUUUGUGAUCCAAAGACUUGCUUGUAUACUGGAUGUAAUCGCACACUCGUCAACUCUUUCAACUGUGAUAGAUGUGCUGUUUUAAGGAUUUAUUUCACACUAUUAUUUCAUGAGUAUGUAUUUGUAAGUAAUGAUUACCUUGUUUUAUUAAGCUUUCUUUUCUUUUCAAUCACUUAGUCAUGGGAAGUUAACUUAUGUAAAUGUUUCCUUAAAACAGCAUGGCAUGUAUUAUUAAAUAUUUAGUGAAAGAUAAUUAUAUAGCUCAUUGCCUAGACAAUGUGUUAGCUUAGGUUAAGACAGUUGUGUGUGAGGCCUGUAGGUGUAUGACGAGACAGUUGUGUGUGAGGCCUGUAGGUGUAUGACGAGACAGUUGUGUGUGAGGCCUGUAGGUGUAUGACGAGACAGUUGUGUGUGAGGCCUGUAGGUGUAUGACGAGACAGUUGUGUGUGAGGCCUGUAGGUGUAUGACGAGACAGUUGUGUGUGAGGCCUGUAGGUGUAUGACGAGACAGUUGUGUGUGAGGCCUGUAGGUGUAUGACGAGACAGUUAUGUGUGAGGCCUGUAGGUGUAUGACGAGACAGUUAUGUGUGAGGCCUGUAGGUGUAUGGGAAGGUAAUUAGAUGUGAACACUGUAGGUACAUGCGGUGACUGUGAGAUGUGUGAGCACUGUAGGUGUAUGACGUUGAUGUAGCUUACGUGAAUGACAGAGAUAGUGUAUUACACUGUAAUAAAUGUGCAAGACUACUUGAAUAGAUUCAUCGGCUAUCUUUACAAUUUGCACAAUAAGGUGAACUUAAAGAGUACUUAGAAAAAGUCAUGGAUUGAUAUAGUAUUGAUAGAAUUAAUUCUUGUUUUGGCUUUACGAUGUUAAACCUAAGGUCUUGUUUGUUUGAGUAACUGUCGUAAUUUAACACAUGUAUCUCUUCACAUCACAAAUCAAUUAUGAUCUAAUUCAAGUAAUCUCCAUAUUUAAAUUAUGAUUAAUAAAAUUCAGGUAGCUUGCUUACUGCAAUUGAAGCUACACUAAUUAUUAUUCGCUGUAAAUGUUUCAACAAUAUCUGUCUUGUUAACACAAGAUCGGGGUGAAUGCUGCAGUCACAAUAUUUUGUUCUUUGUAACAAUGUCACAGACAUCCUUUUUACUUCAACAGAAAUUAAAUGCAAAUAUAAUCUUAAAUAUGUGCAACUCAAACAAGUCAUGUUGUUUAUGGGCGUUACUGAAGGUACAUUCCAAAACUGUCCUCAUAUAUUUCAGAAACAUUUUUGUAAAAAAAACAUUUAGAUUUUUCUUUGACUGUAAUAACCUACUUUGAUCUAUUUCCUUCUUUCUUGAUGUUCUAACAACCAUUUAGUCUCAAGUUAGGGCCAUAUUUGGCCCUUAUCAUAGUGUAUAGCAGUUAUAGCAUGUUUGUCUUCAAUCCAGUCAGGCUGGUUAAUUAUUGCACAGUUCUCUCUAUGGAAGAGAUUAGCUAGUAUUUAUUUAUUGUUUCACACAUUUCAGAUUAGUUUGAUUUAUUCUAUUUUGGUAUUAUGUUUGAUCAGUGAAUAGUCUAUAAUAAAAGUGUAGGAUAUAACUUGAUGUAAUGAAUUGUUAAAUAAUAAAAAAAACAUGUUACACAUCUGUAUACACAUCAUAAUGUAUUAAUACUAAAUUCCCUUCAACUGUAAUCUGUGUCAAAAAAUGUGUGUCAAACUUUCAUUGCAAAGUAAGCUUAACUUUGUGGGUUAGGCCUAGGGCUUUUUCAUUUAAACAUAUCCCCCAACCCAGGAGGCAAAACAAUGAAAUUUAAUAGAGGGAGCUUUCUUAUUUUUUUGCUACAUUUGAGUUUAUUUUUUUUAAAGGGGGAUAAUCCAUUUUUGAAGUGCCUUCCUGGGGUAAGGUCCAUAUUUAAAGGGAAUAGCCCUUACCUCGUUUUGAGUGGAAAUGUGUUUAAAAGGAAAAGAAUCGGUCAUGUCAUUCCACUGUCAAGGCUACAAUGUGUUGUCAGUAUUAUUGCUUUAGUAUUUCCAUGUAGAAGUCAUAAGUGCCAAGUUCCUGGAUUGGUGACACACAAUAUUGUGUCAAGUGUUUUCCUGAAGUCAUUGACAUUUUACAUAUAACAAAGUACUUAUCAUUAGAGAAAGCUUCGGUCUUUAUGGCCUGUAUGAAUUAUACACCAUGUUUAAAAUUAGUAGAUAAUAAAGUAUCAAACAGGGGAAUAAAUACUGAGUUGUGUUGCAGCCGACAAAUCUAAUAUAUUUAAUUACCUGUAUUAUUAUGAAAAUAGACCUAUCUUUUAUUAACAAUAAUCAUGUGCAUAUUAAUCCACUAUAAAAAAGGGGUUGAUAUGUUUCCUUACACAGACUGUGGUAUGGAAUUACUUGUAAAUGAUCAGCGGGUUCUGAUGAGUGGUUCGCUACAAUGUCCCCCCCUUGGCCCCCCACCCCCUUGUUAAAUCCUAGUUAGCGAAAAGCCUGUGUUGAAAACUACUCAGAGACUUGUCCAGGAGCUUGGCACAUACUGAUAUAAGCUGAUAUAAGAAGCAACACUUUGAAUUCAUAUUUCAGUAUAAAUUUUCUAAAUUUUUACCUGUGAUAUAAAUGCAAGCACUGAAUUAUACAGUGUGUAUUUGUAUUUGACCAAGUAGUCUUGAUAUUUUAGUGUUUAUUGUUUAGUUCAAUGCUCUUUAAUCUUUAUGAUUUACUAUGCUUACAUAGAUAUUUCACUUGAUUAUUGUUUUAUAGAUGACUUACCAGCUAAUAAUUGAAAAGUGAGAGAGUAUAUAUUGUAUCUUACUUGUGAUCAUGUUAUUUGCAAUACAGGGAAUAAACUCUCUGAUCUGUA